AUGUUUCUGAUGAAAUAUUACAAGAACUACUCAAAAGUCCUAAUGAAUUACCUGAUAGAUACAAUCUUAAACAAUUUCUUAAAGAUCCACCAAAUGUCAAAAUACCACUUAUCUAUUCCCUCUUUAAUUCAAUUCCUACAGUUGGUCCCUUCAAAAUAAAUGAAACUGAACGUGAUCAAUAUUUUUCCCCUGAUAAUUUCAAAAGUUGCACAUCUUUUUUUGUAGAUUUGUUAUCUGGUAUAAUUAUUCUUCACAAAACUGGUGAAACUGUAGACUCAUACCACAGCUUCUGGGAUGAUGUGAUUAAAAAGUCCUUUGAAAUAUUUGGCAUAAACUUGAA